ACUUUGCUUCAGAUCCAGCCGAGGCAGCCAGUGGGCUAGGUCGAUUAACUGUCAUCGAAGGAAGAUGCUACUAGAGCCGUAACUGUUAGCAGAAUAAUCAGCCAUACUAAAGAAAUCCCCGCCAACAGUCUGCUACUGGCCCCCCUACCAUGGAAACGGAAAGGAUGCCUAAAUUCGCCUCAAAAGAUGAAGAGAUUGAGUACUGGAAGAAUCUAUGCAUAAAGUACAAGCAAAGUUGUCAUGACGCCCAGGAGGAGCUUCAGGAGUUCCAGGAGGGCAGCAGAGAGUUGGAGGCGGAGCUGGAGGCUCAGCUGGGCCAGGCCGAGCACCGCAUCCGAGACCUGCAGGCCGAGAACCAGCGGCUCAAGAGCGAGGUCGACUCCCUCAAGGAGAAACUAGAGCAGCAGUAUGCUCAGAGCUACAAGCAGAUCUCCAUGCUGGAGGACGACCUGGUGCAGACGCGCGGCAUCAAGGAGCAGCUGCACAAGUACGUCAGGGAGCUGGAGCAGGCCAACGACGACCUGGAGCGAGCCAAGAGGGCCACCAUCGUGUCCCUGGAGGACUUUGAGGGGCGUCUGAACCAGGCCAUCGAGAGGAACGCCUUCCUGGAGAGCGAGCUGGACGAGAAGGAGUCACUGCUGGUGUCCGUGCAGAGGCUGAAGGACGAGGCCAGAGAUCUGAGGCAGGAGCUGGCGGUGAAGGAGAAGAUGACGGAUACGCGCAUGUCGGCCCCCAGCUCCCCCACACUGGACAUCGACAAGAUGGACACAGCUGUGCAGGCCUCGCUCUCCCUACCUGCCACCCCCGUGGGCAAGAACAUAGAGCACCCCUUCAUCACGCAGAAAGUGUUGACCAAUGGGAACUGUGGAAGCUCAGCUUUGACCCCCUCUGCCAGAAUCACUGCCCUCAACAUCGUCGGAGACCUCUUGCGGAAAGUCGGGGCACUGGAGUCGAAGCUGGCGGCGUGCAGGAACUUUGCCAAGGACCAGUCGGCCAGGAAGAACUACACGGCCAACGGCAACCUCAUCAACAGCAACGCCACCAAGUUCUCACACUCGCUGCACACCACCUACUUUGACAAAACGACCAUGAAUGGUUUGGACCCCAGUUCACUGACUUCCAUGGCCCCCACACGGACGGUGUCUCCCCCCGGCAUGCUUCCCCUCAGUGUGUGAAACAGCACCCCAUAAACCCAUCGCCCCUCUACCCAAGCAGAUGGACAGGGCAUGGAGAGGACACUUAAUGAGUGCAAUGCUGUUGUUGUGGCAAAGACAGACGAGAAAGAAAGCGAGCGAGAGAGGUGGAUCGUGUGUGAGCUUAAAAUGAAACUGAAAGACGUGUGCACGCGUGUGUGUAUGCUGAGUGUGUUUGUAUGUGAGGGAAACGUUGGGGGGGAUGUUGCGGUCUUCCCUGGCAGGUUCAUGUCAGGGGCGACAGCCUAGGGUCUUUUAAGGUUACAUGGUUGGUUAGCUAACGGUUUGUUGGCUAGCUGACAGACGAUUGGUACGGCUGGCUGCUUCAUGCGUCGUGCGGACUCUCCGCUCCAACUACAGGCUUCUCUCGCUCAAACCAGCUCUACAUGACAAAGGUCCUCUGGUCUGACCGCAAGAGCUUUUUUUCCUCAAGGGUUUUUUUUGGCAUUUGAAUGUGUUGCGCCCAUAAAAGAGAACAUGUUGUGCAGCAUAUUUAUGAAUUGAAAAGGGAUUUUUUAAGUUCUUUACUGUAAGCUUCUCAAUGCAACAUGUGCAUGUGUUUGUGUGUGCGCGUGACUGCGUGAGCGAUUGUGUGUGUGUGUGUGUUACAUACAGGACCUUCACAGCCACACAAGUGAUGGAAAUGGCACAGGUCAGCUGUUGGCACAGGCCUGUUGCUU